AGAGUGCGCGUGCUCACUGCAGCGACCGCACAGUUUCGCUCCGCCCUAAGUCUAGCGGCGCCGGCUAUCGUGACAAGAGGAAAGCGUUAGGGUUCACCGGCCCAGGAAGGCGCUUCGCUCAUCGUGGAGUGCUCUGAGUCUAACUUACACCUCACGCUUAGUAUGUCUGGCGGUUAUUUAAGGACGGGCCAUCUCCUUCCCGUCUGACUCUGUUCAACCGCGCAGACCCAUAAAUUAGGGCCGCGCAACCAGCCCAACAACGCGCAGGCGCAGUAACCGGGUUGGGACUUCCGAGAUCGCUCUCUGAGACUUUUGUGGCGCUGGCUGCGGCUUCGGGGAGGACGGCGGCCGAGAGGCAGGGCGCGUGUUGGUUCGCGCGGAUCCGUGCGGCGGGAUGCGGUACAACGAGAAAGAGUUGCAGGCGCUGUCCCGACAGCCGGCAGAGAUGGCGGCCGAGCUGGGCAUGCGGGGCCCCAAGAAGGGCAGCGUGGCCAAGCGGCGACUGGUGAAGCUGGUGGUCAACUUCCUCUUUUACUUCCGCCCGGACGAGGCCGAGCCCCUCGGAGCCCUGUUGCUGGAGCGCUGCAGAGUGGCCCAGGAAGAACCGGGCGGCUUCUCCAUCAGCUUCGUCGAAGACCUCAGCAGGAAAUAUCACUUUGAAUGCUGUAGCCAAGAGCAGUGUCAGGACUGGAUGGAAGCUCUGCAGCGGGCCAGCUACGAAUACAUGCGACAGAGCCUCAUCUUCUACAGGAAUGAGAUCAGGAAGAUGACUGGCAAGGUAUGUGGGGCGGUCAGGGAUGGGACAGCUUUCCCUGGCCUUGCUCACAGCCACCGUGCCCUCCACAGGACCCCCUGGAGCAGUUUGGCAUCUCCGAGGAGGCCAGGUUCCAGCUGAAUAGCCUGCCUAAGGAUGGGCGGACUACUUGUAUUGGCUCCCAGUUAAAUGUGUUGGACUGACCCUCUCUGGGCCCCUGGCUACCCUGGGAAGUUUUUUUUUUUUUAAUAUAGGUUUUAAUACAUCUGUUCAAAAGGUCCAGAGGAGGUGGGCAGGGUCUGUGGUCCUCGUUCUCCAUGCCAUCUCCCUGCCAGCACCCCUUGAGUGUCCACAUCCAGGGACCGAGCCUGGCACAGCUCCCCUAUCCAUUGCCAGAUGAAUGUAUAAUGCUAGAUGAAGCUGUGAACCCCCCCCCCCCCUCCUGCUGAUAGAGCAGGGCAUGGGUGCUGGCCUCAGUGCUCAGCCUGCUCUUUAAUAAAGGUACCUCUUUUCUGA